AUGGAUGAAAUGUACGGAGUGCCGUCGACGGCGGAGUACGCCGACAAGGCCCUGAUGACGCCGGAGAAUCUGAUUUUCCCGCCGGACUACCCCAACUUCUACAUGUCAUCCUCCGCCGCGGCUCGGAUUCCCAUGUUCGGAUCCGACGAACUCCUCUCCGCUGAGCCUUCCUCCGCGGUCGGAAUUCAGCGCCAGGAGGAGGAUGACGUGGCCACCACCAUCAUGAAGGCCAAAAUCGCCUCUCACCCUCACUACCCUCGCCUUCUCCAAGCUUACAUCGAUUGCCAGAAGGUUGGGGCGCCUCCGGAAAUCGCGCGUUUGUUGGAGGAAAUCCGGCGAGAAAACGACCUGUGCAAGAGGGACGUGGUUUCCACGUGCUUUGGAGCCGAUCCCGAGCUCGACGAGUUCAUGGAAACCUACUGCGACAUGCUCGUGAGGUAUAAAUCAGACCUUGCUCGCCCUUUCGACGAAGCCACCACCUUCCUCAACAAGAUCGAAAUGCAGCUCAGCAACCUCUGCACCGGUGCUUCCGUUCCCACCCUUUCUGAUGAUGGGGGUGUGUCAUCGGACGAAGAUUUUAGUACCGGAGAUGGUGAUGCUCAAGAUGGACAAAUAAAAGGUGAAGAUCGUGAGCUCAAGGAUAGGCUUUUACGUAAGUUUGGAAGUCACAUUGGUUCUUUGAAACAUGAGUUUUCUAAGAAGAAAAAGAAGGGUAAGCUUCCUAAGGACGCAAGGCAAAUAUUGCUUCAGUGGUGGAGUGUCCACUACAAAUGGCCUUACCCAACGGAAGCUGAUAAGAUUGAACUGGCUAAGUCAACAGGGCUAGACCAGAAGCAAAUUAACAAUUGGUUUAUUAAUCAAAGAAAACGUCAUUGGAAACCAUCUGAGAACAUGCAGUUCUCUAUGAUGGAAAAUCUUAACGGACGGUUCCUUGCUGAUGAUUGA